CUCAUAACUAUGAUAUACUGUAAGUACGUUGUUGAGGAGUUGCUAACAACUCAAGGUAACGUUUUGUAAUAUAAAAUGAUUAUCCCAGUACGUUGUUUUACCUGUGGCAAAGUAAUUGGCAACAAAUGGGAGGCGUAUUUAGGACUAUUGCAGGCAGAAUACACAGAAGGCGAUGCACUGGAUGCUCUGGGUUUGAAGAGAUAUUGCUGUCGUCGAAUGUUGCUUGGACACGUUGACCUGAUUGAGAAACUGCUAAAUUAUGCUCCGCUCGAAAAGUAGGAAGCCGAGCUGUGGGAACGACGACUGAACUUCAUUUUCCAUUCAUUGGAUGACCGAUAUCAUGACUACAAUAAAAGGCUUUUGCGAAAACUUGUA